CUGGCACGGCCAACAGUUGCCAUAAACACUUCAAAGUAAACGCUAGUUUGUUGCCUAGAAGAGUCAAGAAAAGAGAAGAAAUCGAAUAGUCAAUUGACUACUGCAAAUUAAUUCUUUUUUGGUUUCUAAACUUAAGUGUUAAUUUACAAUAUUUUUUUUCGGUGCAAAAAAGUGUCUAGUAGCUGAAUAAAAUGUUGCGUUUGUUGAGAAGUAACGCGCUGGUGUCUUCCGGCAAAUCACUGAUUGGGGCAAUGAAUGGUGGAGUUGCCAAAUACUCAAGCCAGGUGCCAGAUCCACAUAUUAAUCCCGAGGUCCUUUACACUGGACUUUUCAUUAACAAUGAAUGGCACAAAAGCAAAAGUGGCAAAACAUUCGGUUCCAUUAAUCCUGCCACCGAAAAACAGGUUGCUGAAAUCCAAUGCGCUGGCAAGGAGGAUGUCGACAUUGCUGUACAGGCCGCACGCACCGCUUUCAAAGUUGGUUCACCAUGGCGCCGCAUGGACGCCUCCGAACGUGGUGUGCAUAUCAAUCGCUUGGCGGAUCUGAUCGAACGUGACCGCGUCUACUUGGCCAGUUUGGAAACAUUGGACAAUGGCAAACCCUAUGCAGUCGCUUACAAUGUGGACGUACCUACGGCUGUGAAGAAUCUGCGCUAUUUUGCCGGUUGGGCGGAUAAGAAUCAUGGCAAGACCGUUCCCAUGGAUGGUGACUACUUCGCUUACACUCGCCACGAACCGGUUGGUGUGUGCGCCCAAAUCAUCCCAUGGAAUUUCCCAAUUUUGAUGAUGGCCUGGAAGUUGGGUCCAGCUCUGGCUACUGGCAACACCAUUGUACUGAAACCAGCCGAACAGACCAGCUUGACCGCACUUUACAUUGCGGAAUUGGUCAAGGAAGCUGGCUUCCCAGAAGGUGUGGUCAAUGUGUUGCCCGGUUUCGGCGAAGCUGGCGCAGCUUUGGCCAAUCAUUACGACGUCGACAAAGUCGCCUUCACCGGUUCGACUGAAGUGGGCAAACUGAUCCAGCAAGCUUCCGGUCAUACCAAUUUGAAGCGUGUCACUUUGGAAUUGGGCGGCAAAAGCCCUAACAUUGUUUUGGCUGAUACCGAUUUGGAUUAUGCCGUCGAAUCUGCUCACUUUGGUCUCUUCUUCAAUAUGGGACAAACUUGUUGCGCUGGCUCUCGUACAUUUGUCGAAGAAAAAAUCUACGAUGAAUUUGUGGAGCGUAGUGCUGAGCGCGCCAAGAAGCGCACACUUGGCAAUCCCUUCGAAUUGCAUGUGGAGCAAGGACCACAAGUCGAUCAGGAACAGCUGCAUCGCAUUCUCGGCAUGAUCGAGGAAGGUAAAAAGCAAGGCGCCAAACUGGUGGCAGGCGGCAAUCGCCCUGACCACUUACCUGGCUAUUUCGUCGAACCCACUGUAUUCGCCGAUGUGCACGAUCAUAUGACGAUUGCGCGCGAAGAAAUCUUCGGUCCCGUGCAACAACUCAUCCGCUUCAAGAGCUUGGAUGAGGUAAUCGAGCGUGCCAACAAUUCUGACUAUGGCUUGGCGGCGGCUGUCUUCACUCGUGACCUCGACAAGGCCAACUACGUUGUGCAAGGCCUGCGUGCCGGCACCGUCUGGGUGAAUACGUACAACGCAUUCGGCGCACAAAUGCCUUUCGGUGGCUACAAGAUGUCCGGCCACGGUCGCGAGAAUGGCGAAUAUGCGCUGCAGAACUACACAGAAGUGAAGAGCGUGAUUAUGAAGAUUACACAGAAGAAUUCGUAAAUGGCUGGAGUUGAAAAUGAUUGUGAAUUUCACCAUGACUGCUACUACUGAUAUCUGCUUGUGGUCUGUUCCAUUUUUGUAAUGAUAACGGAACAAUGAGCCUUUUUGUUUAUCAGCGCACAAUUUUCCUACAUUGUCAUACAACUACAUACAUAAAGUAAUUUGUUUACAUAUAUAUUUUAAUUGUAAAUUUAGUUAUUACAUACAUACGCAUAUGUGAGUUUCGUAGAGUGAAAUAAAAUUAAACUCGCUACGUAUUGUAGCUUAGCGAAUAGUUUUCCAAACA